AUGUCCAAUCAUGAAGAUGAUUAUUCCCAAAACAUCGAUGAACAGUUGUUACAAAACGUCGAUGAUUCUUCAACAGGCAAUGUCAGAGUAAAAUUAGAAGAAAUUGCUCAUGCUGCUGCAUUAUCGAAACCACAACAAUCACAACAACAAUCAAGUUCAGGUACUCCUUCAUCUUCUUCUUCUUCCACUGGUAGAAGACAGAAAACACGUAGGGGAAUUUCCACAAAUGAUUCGUCAGUAGUUGAUACAGAUUCAGUUGCUGAAGCUGCUGCGGCUGCUGAACAAUACAAACAACAAUAUCAACAAUUACAACAACAACAACAUCACGCUCAACAACAACAUUUAGCAGGUUUACCUCAACAACACCACCAUCAACAAGCUGGAAGACUCGGUCAAACACAACAACAUCUUGGUCAUGUACAUUCUCAUCCUCAAUUCCCCCCUGAAUUGACUGCAGGUCCAUCUGCUGAUGAAUUAUCUGAAUAUAACAUUCAAAUCCCUGAUCCAAUUGUAGAUUCCAAACUGAAGAUUUAUCCUGUCACGGAAAAUACUAUUACUGCUGAAGGUAAUUUGAUAACUCGUCCUUAUCCAGAACAAGUUUUCAAUAGUCGUGAUGAAUUGAAUGAAUUUAUUGCUGAAUUUGCUCGUGAUAAUGGAUUCGGAGUGGUUAUUGCUCAUUCAAAUAAAAAGGCAAUUUAUUAUACUUGUGAAUUGGGUGGACGUUAUCGUCAUAAAAAAAACAAAAAAAUCGAUGUGAGUAGACAAAUUGAUGUUGGUGAUGGUUAUAUGUUGGAUCCAGACACCAAAACUAAGAAAUUGAAAUGUCCAUUUGCCAUGACUGCUUCGUAUAAAAAAUCUUCUGAUUCAUGGACAUUAAGAACAACUUGUAAUGAACAUAAUCAUCCUCAAUUGGAUCCAUUAAGUAAUCAUCCAAUGUUACGCAAACGUUCUGAUGAGUUGAAUGUGAUGAUUUUGGAAAUGUAUAAACUUGGUACUAAACCAUCUCAUAUUGAAAGUAAAAUUAAAGAGGAAUAUCCUGAUGUUUUAAUUAAAAGAGAAGAUAUUUAUAAUGAAAUCAGAGGUUAUAAACGCAAAUUGAAGAAACAAAAUAGUCGUUUUGGUUUCCAUAAUCCAUCAAGAAUUUCUGCUGCUCAAUAUAGAAAGAAAGCUGCUGCUCAGGCUGCUGCUGCUGCACAAGCUGCUGCUGCACAAGUGGGUACUGAUGGUCAUAAUGCUGCUGAUGUUGAUGCUGUUGCCGCAGUGGCUGCUGCAGCUAGUGCUAAUGCCUUUUUACAAGGAGCUACUGGUGAUCAAUCAUCUUCUGCAGUUGAUUAUGAUCAAUUUCAACAACAACAACAAAAUCAACUGCAGCAACAAAAUCAACUGCAACAACAACAACAGCAACAGCAACAAGAGGAAUUUCAACGUCAGUUUGUUGCUGCUACUCAAGCUCAAGCUGCUGCUGCUGCUCAACAACAACUAGAUGAAUCUCAAUAUCAACAUUAUCAACAACAAUUACAAGAACAUGGAUUAAAUGACACUGAUGGUACUGCUGCUGCUGCUAUUGCUGCCGUUGCCAAUGCUAGUCGUCAACAUCAUCAUUAUCAUACUGACAAUGGUGAUUUAUCAAUGGAUAAUAUUGAUAGUAGAUUGGUUGGUGAGUAA